AUGAAGGAGAGGUUGAGCUUGUCAAAGGUGGAUUUGAAAAGGAUAUCCGCGGAGCUUCCCUGGUCUACCAAUGUUCGAUGGAGAUUGGCAUUGGCUAUAAAUUUUUUCCCUCUAAAGCUCAGAAUUGAAGUCACCCUUUCAGUAGAGAAGAAAACCCUCCUACACUCCUGCACCGCGAGAAGGAAACCCUGCCUCCUGUACCAUGCGAAGAGCGUGAAGCCUCACCGUCGCGAAGAUCAUCGCACCCCAGUCCCCACUCACCACUCAGCGCCACACCGUUGUGAAGAUCAUGAAGCUCACACCGUUGUGAACCCUCCUGCACUGAUCGUCGCGCGCCGCCCAUACCACCGUCGUGAACCCUUCUGCACUGAUCUCCGCACCACUCACGACUUCGCCACUCACCGUCACUUGCGCCCUCCUGCAUUAAGCGUCAGCUGUGCCCUCACCAUCGUUGUCUCUGCGCUCACAUCGUCGAGAAGGUGCUGUGUUAAGGAAGAAACAAAUUUUUUUCUGCAACCCAGCAUGUUUAAGGAGAGUCGCAAGCUUCUACUGUUGUCUCUGGACAAGAAAUCCACAGGCUGUUGUUAGGGAGGUCUAGAAGACGAUGGAGGCAUAAGAUGCCAAAUGCUGAC